UCACUCUCCCGCAACUGUACGUUUGACUUACUGUUCUGGAAUGCCUCUUUGAGUGUUUGAACAAAUCAUCAACCAAGGGCCGUGUGAAGGGGCCGGAUACACAAAACCGACAUGUCAAAAUGGGCAAUCCCAUCUUUUGGAAUCGACCUGACUUACCUGUCGCAUCGAGGUCAAGAGAAGGGGAGGGAAAAUACAACAACCAUAUCUCAGUACAUCCAAUCUCGGGUUCGCCAUGCCUGGGUGCUAUCUGCUUCACCACGCAGGCCAAUCUCACGCACACGCACCCCACGCGUUGCAACCUCCACCACGCACUCAUCACUUUCCAAAGUACGGCAUCUAUCCCCAUAACCAACCGCGAGCCCUGCAGUUGUAUAUUGACACACUGA